AUACCUUGCAGCGCAAUGGAGAAGGAAACCAAGCCAGCCGCUAUCCACAAUCCUCCAAUAUUGAUGAGUGAGGGAUUAGUUAAGUACAUUCUGGAGAGCGGUGUUUACCCGCGCGAAUCAGAGCCUCUAAGAGAGUUGAGGAAUGCUACUGAAAACCACCCUCUGAACUUUCUGGCCUCUUCCCCGGAUGCGGGUCAGCUCAUGGCAUUGCUCUUGAAGCUCCUGAAUCCGAAAAAGACAAUUGAAGUUGGAGUUUUCACUGGCUACUCCCUUCUCCUCACUGCGCUUAACAUUCCUGAUGAUGGAAAGAUUAUAGCGUUGGAUCCAGACAGAAAUUCUUACGAAAUUGGGCUUCCGUUCAUCAAGAAGGCCGGCGUGGAGCACAAGAUUCAGUUCUUGCAAUCACCAGCUCUGCCAGUUCUGGAUAAACUCUUAAAAGAUCCGGCAAACGAUGGAAGCUUUGACUUCGCGUUCGUGGAUGCGGACAAGAACAACUACUGGAAUUACCAUGAGAGGCUGAUGAAAUUGGUGAGGAUCGGAGGGAUAAUCGCGUACGAUGACACACUUUGGGGUGGAAUGGUAGCGAUGGCGGAAGAGGAAGUUCCAGAGGACAAAAGGGAAUGGAGGAAGCAAGCAAUUGCCUUCAACAAAGCGAUCGCGGCUGAUUCUCGUGUGGAGCUCACGCUCGCCUCCGUCGGCGAUGGCCUCACCAUCUGCAGGCGCCUUCUCUGAUUUUAAAUUUUCGUGCCAAUCUCUUUGGGAUUACCAGUAACCUUCCUACGCACUUUCGGUAGUAAAUGGGGAUAGUUGGAGCUAGAGCCCAAAAUAAUGUAUAGCAAUAAAUUGAAUAUUUCAUGUUCACAUGAUCCUACCGUAUAUAUGUGCUUGUGUAUUUAUAAAAGCCAUGUAAAAUAUAUAAGAUCAUUUUGUGUUAAAUUACUCAUAAUGUUUGUUACCGGGGUCAUUUUAAUGAUCGCUCCGUAUCAUUUAGUACUUUGUUUGAAUACCUGCAUAUAAA